AUGCUUACCUCUCAGCGAUUAGCGCAGUCCACCGGCGCGACUGUAUACAGCAGAUUAGGCAUGCGUGCAUCUGCAUCAUUCCACACAAGUAGGUCACUCAAAGCGUUGCCCACGUUUGUAUCAGAGACCGCACCCGAGGAGUUUGGUGAAACUAAGCGCACGAAUAUGUUCCAAGCGAUCAACAGUGCUAUGGAUAUUGCAAUGGCAACCGAUGAUACGGCGUGCAUGUUUGGCGAGGAUGUAGCCUUUGGCGGUGUCUUCAGGUGCUCCAUGGACCUCCAAACGAAAUAUGGCAAAGAUCGCGUAUUCAACACGCCCCUGUGUGAGCAGGGAAUCGUAGGCUUUGGCAUCGGUAUGGCCACUAUGGGACACACAGCCAUUGCCGAAAUCCAGUUUGCUGACUAUAUUUUCCCAGCGUUUGAUCAGAUUGUCAAUGAGGCGGCGAAAUACAGGUACCGCUCUGGAGGCGAGUUUGAGUGUGGUGGUCUCACAAUUCGAACACCCAGUGGCGCUGUCGGCCACGGAGGACACUACCAUUCACAGAGUCCCGAGGCUUUCUUUGCCCACUGUCCAGGAAUUAAGGUUGUCGUGCCCAGAGGACCUAUUCAGGCUAAAGGUCUCCUGCUCUCUUGCAUCCGCGAUAAGAAUCCCUGCGUUUUCAUGGAACCGAAGAUCAUGUACCGUGCUGCCGUAGAGGAAGUGCCCGUCGGUGACUACAUGCUACCGCUCUCAAAGGCUGAGGUGAUGAUUCCCGGUACAGAUGUUACAGUAGUGGGCUGGGGUACUCAGCUUCACACUCUCCGAGAAGCGUGUGACAAGGCUAAGGCCGAGCUCGGCGUAUCUUGUGAGCUAAUCGAUUUGCGAACCAUCAUACCGGUUGAUAUGGCUACCAUUGAAGAGAGUGUGCGUAAAACUGGACGCCUGAUAGUGGCCCAUGAAGCGCCCCAAACUGGUGGAUUCGCCGCAGAGAUUGCAAGUAGCAUUCAGAAAUCAUGCUUCUUACAUCUGGAGGCGCCUGUCGAGCGAGUUUGUGGAUGGGACACUCCCUUCCCGCUGGUGUUUGAGAAGAUUUAUCUACCCGACAAGUUGCGCUGCUUCGAGGCCAUCAAAAAGACUAGUGCAUUCUAA